AUGUCGACUGCUUCCGUUUCCGCCUCCGCCUCUCCCUCCUCCAACCUCCUCCCAUCCUCCUCCUUCUCUCCUCCAUCUGCCUCCUCCGACUCCCGUUUAGGUCCCCUCCGUCGUUUAAGUCAACUACGUGCCUAUACCCAGCAUCAUUUUUCUUCUCCUCAACACACUGCCGCCUCCUCCUCUUCUUCUUCGUCGUCCGCCAACAGUCAGCGGGUUUCGCGGCGUCAUACUCUCGGUAAUCGAGUUUCUUGGUUUUCAGCCGCCUCCACCGGACCCGAAUCUUCGCCCUCGACAGUGGAGACUAGCAACCGGGCCCCAUGUCCCGAAAGUGAACAUCAGUCCACGUUCGCCCGCUAUAGCUCGGUUUUUUUCCCCAGCUAUCGUGGCCUCGAACUCGACUUGCGCUCCCAGCCAUCUCCAUCUACAGAAUCGCCUAGCCCUCCUCUUCGCAACGAAACACGGAGAGAUAUCAUGGCGCGACCCCGAGGUUCAUCACAGGCCGUCGAUGCGAGGUCCAACGGCGAGGUGUCGAGCGCGGGCAACAUUCACCCGAGCGCCCUGGAGAGUCCUGAUCCAGUGGUCUCCGAAAGCCCGUCCACUUCGUCCCCGCGACCAAAACAAAAGGCCACCAUUCGGUUCUUUCCUCACCAAGACUCGCACGCCAGCAGCCGCCCUUCAUUGCCUUUCAUCCCUAUCUCUCGCACAUUGCCCUCCGAUAGUUGCGUCAUUCGUGUUGGUCGAUACUCCGAGCGGGAUGGCUUGCCCGUGGCAAACCCCACCGAGCCUUCUGAUGCCCCUGUCGGAUUUAAAUCGAAGGUGGUGAGUCGGAAACACUGCGAAUUCAUGUAUUUGAACGGGCAGUGGCAUGUCAAGGAUGUCGGAAGUUCGUCGGGCACCUUUCUCAAUCAUAUGCGACUGAGCCAGCCGAACAUCGCCUCUCGAUUGUACACCAUCAAAGACGGGGAUAUCGUACAGCUAGGCAUCGAUUUUCGAGGGGGUGAGGAAAUGAUUUUCCGAUGUGUCCGCAUUCGGAUCGAAUGCAACCGGUCUUGGCAGCAGCAGCCAAAUGAGUUCAAUAAAAAUACCGAAAACCUCAUCAAGAACCUUGGCAAAGGGGAUACCGCAGACUACUCUGGAUGUCGAGAAUGCUCAAUCUGCUUGGGAUCUGUUCUGCGCCCUUACCAGUGCCUGUUCAUGGCCGCAUGUGCCCACGUCUGGCAUUACAAAUGUGUCAGCCGUCUCAUCCAUACACCUGACUAUCCCAUGUUUCAAUGUCCCAAUUGUCGUGCCUACACCGAUCUAAGUGCGGAGGUCGACGAUACGAACGAUCUCGAGGAGGAGGAGGAGGAAUCGAAGUCCGCUUCUGCGGAGGACAAGCCCGAAUCCGCUCGGUCGGAGACACAUACCCCUCAACCUGAAGCCAAUCCUGCCACACCACCCUCGCAGACUGCCGGAGAUGAGCGUCGCCUCGAGACCAGGCUUCCUGUUGAGGCAGGACUCGCUGCGAAUAUCGAGAACAUGCGCCUUCAAGAUCUAGACGCAUCGGACGAUAAUUCCGCACCGCUGCCGGCACCGACAUCGAAUCCUGAUUCUGCUCCGUCAAACAGCAACCACGAAAUCCCCGGUUGGCAGUCUUUGACUCAGUCCCCGUCGUCUAGCCACACUCGACAGGCGCCAUUGCGUGCUGAAACGCCCGUACGCUCCGAAUCAUCAGACGAGAAUCCUCUGACCCCGCUAAACGAUUCGGGGCCUCUAGCCCUCGACGGUCGGGCUGCGAUGCCCUAGACGGAACCCAGCUACGCCACCUUCUUGGGUUAUCUGCAUUGGAUCAUUUUUGUUCCAGCGGUCCUUGCAUAUUGUUGCGCUUGCGUCCCCAUCAUCACUGUCGCGCACUCUCACUUUCUGUUUGCCCUUCCGUUCAAGCCACCAUUAUCGUCCAUUUCCCAUUUUCAGCCUAAGCAUCGAGCAUUGCGGUCCGUCCCCUUGAUAUGACUUAUACCCAUUUUGAAGCAACCCUUUCUUUCACAGAUGAUGCCCGACAUCGCAGAUGGCGUCUUCUGAUCGGCAGUCGCUCGAUCCCCUUGGUCCUGCGCAGCCGCCACAUGCAGAAGACCGCCCGAGUCGGAUUGUCUUUUACUUUCUCAUUUCCCCGGCGUUCUCGGCGAAGAUGUACAUACUAGUCGGUAGUUCCUCAGAUG